UAAGUUCUUAACAAGACGCAGCCUAUAUUGGCUCUUUAUUAGAUUUAACAUAUAUUGUAACGUUGAGCAAAUUUCGUGUCCAGUGGAAGGCUUUGUGUAUUUAAGUAAAUAUUUAUUUAAUAGAGUCAACACAGCAUUACCCGAUCUCGGAGGAUCUUGGAUUAAUAUCGGACCGAGUCGUAUUCUGCCUGCCCGUGCUGUAGCCCGUUUUUAGCAUUCAGUGUUAUAGUGUUUUUAUGGAUUUUUAAUUGAAUCAAUUUGAUUUAAAUAUGAUUAUACUAUUGCUGCUAUUGGUAUCGGCCUGUGCCUCUUGGGCGCUAUGGGUUAUCCACACUCGACGAUUCGAGAAAGCAACAGCUUCGCUGCCUUCGCUGCCUGGCUUGCCGCUGCUGGGGAACGCGAUGCUCUUCAUUGGGAACACAGAAAAAAUUUUACAAAACUUGCAAAACAUCGCUGACUUGGCUUUCAAGCAUAAGGGUACAGUCAAAAUUUGGUUGGGACCCAAAUUGUAUGUCGCUCUUGCGAAUCCCGACGACGUUCAAGUAGUUUUGGACAACUGCUUAGACAAGGACGUAGUGUACCGCUUCCUAAGACCAUGGCUGGGAUAUGGUCUAUUCGUUGCACCUUUGGAACUUUGGAAAUCUCACAGGAAGGUGAUGAGAUCAGUGUUCAACAACAAAGUUGUGGAAGAUUACCUGGCAGUGUUUGCGGCUCAGGCGGAUGUUUUGGUCGAAAAACUAGAUGUGAUGGUCGGGAAGGGAGAUUUUGAUGUUCUGAAAUUUAUAACCGCCUGCACACUCGACAUCGUGUUUGAAACUGCAAUGGGCGAGCGCAUGGACGUUCAAGAGAAGCCCGAUACCCCAUACCUGCGCGCGCGCCAAACGGUCAUGACGAUCCUCAACAUGCGCUUCUUCAAGGUGUGGCUGCAGCCAGAUUUCCUGUUCAACCUCACCUCCUACGCGAAGGAGCACGACGAAAGCAUCAAGCUCACGCACAAGUUUACUGAUGAGGUUGUUAAAAAGAAACGCAUGGAGUACGAGAAGAACAAACACAACAAUAACACAGAUAGCAAAAUGAAAGCUGUGCUAGAUCUCCUGUUCGGAAGAGAGAUCGAGUUCACGGAUGAGCAGCUUCGUGAACACAUCGAUUCAAUUACGAUCGCUGGCAAUGAUACCACUGCGCUGACCAUCGCUUACACGCUGAUGCUGCUGGGCAUGAAUAAGGAUGCGCAAGAAAAAGUCAUUGAAGAGCAAAGAUUAAUUUUCGGUGAUUCCAAACGCGGUGCUACCAAAGAAGAUAUUCCACAAAUGAUGUAUCUAGAAAGAGUGAUAAAAGAAAGCAUGCGUCUGUACACAGUCGUACCGAUUAUCGCUCGCAACGUUGACAAAGACGUUUAUCUUCCGGGGAGCGGCAUCACGCUGCCAGCAGGCACAGGAACGGUGGUAGGGUCAUUCGCGAUGCACCGGUCCCCGGCAGUGUGGGGCCCGGACGCGGACAAGUUCGACCCGGACCGGUUUCUGCCGGAGCGCUCAGUUGACCGUCAUCGAGCGGCCUUUGUGCCUUUCAGCUUCGGGCCUAGAAAUUGUAUAGGACGCAAUUACGGAAUGUUAAUACUCAAAAGCAUCAUGUCCAGGAUUAUCAGAUCAUACAAAAUUGACGCGGACGAAGUUGGACCACUCAAGAUGGAGCUGCUGCUAUUUCCCAUACGAGGUCACCAAAUAAGAAUAACAAGGAGAGAUGACUAACUUUGGUGUAGUCAUAUUGUCGGCUGACAACCACAACACUAAGUAACAAAUACCUUGUUUAGUAACAAAGCUACUUGGAGGUUCACAAAAGUACGGACGAAUUCACAAACAUCUCUCAAGCCAACGUUCCAAAUAGUAUAUACAAUUCAAUUCAAUGUUUUAUUUAAGGCUUGAAGCCCAUAUUAUGUUAGUAAUACAACGUACUUAUGAAACGAAAUGUAAGUAAAUUACAUACCUAGUAGUAGCUUUCUUAUUUACUGGCCGAGGUGUAUUUAGUAAUUUUCUGUUCGAUGGACUCAGAAAGCUGAGCCGCUGACCGAAAUUUGACACUUUCCACACGGAGAACAGAAAAAUACAUUUUCACGACCUUAUUGUCAUAACUCAUAAGAUGCGAUGUGUGAAGCAUAUAAAUAUAUUUUACAACCCCAGCUGGUAAAGACUCUUUUGGUACUUCAAAAACUGAUGAGAAAUUUGCAUUUUAUCCACAUGUGUGGCAACCAUAGAUAUAAGAAGUAAGUACCUUCUAUGAUCUGAGGGCCUACCGCGAACCACGUUCGACGUGUUUCCUCUCUGUCGCACUUGUUAAUUCGUACGUAAUUGUGACAGGGAGGCAACACGUCGAACGUGGUUCGCGGUAGGCCCUCUGAGGUGGCAACGUAAUAAAAUGCAAAUUUUGAGUUGUUGCCUUACCUAUGUUGACCGGGAGAAUUAAAUUUUAAAUGAUGUUUUUGAUUAACAUUAAUUUUGAAUUUGUUUGGUUUGAUUUGGUAUGAUAUUUCACAGUUAGUAUUCUCGUUACGUUGGAGUAAAAUCAACUAUUUUGGGACGUUGGCUUGAGAAGAUGUUUGAACUCGACUGUACUUGUAACAGGUUUGCUACUUUGUUUUGAAUGUCAACUGACCUAAAUAUAUUGAUUAGUAUAUUUUAAUUCAGUGUACUAUGAGUUUUUAGAAUGCCCUUCAGGACCAUAUUUCACAGACGGCUAUCAAAAGAUAUUUUGUCAAAGAAAGAGAGACUUGGGUUAGUGAAUUCUAACAACUCGUGUAGGUACAGUUAAGUACAGAAUUUUAAUCUACGUCAUUAUUGAGCUAUGAUUAUUAUAAAAUAAUACUUACAUGACGUAGUCAUUGGCGAUUAUGUGAUUCUAUUUAAUUAGUGCAUUUGGUAUUAGAAAGCUUAACUAUAAAUUUCCAAUUGUAUAGUAAUUUUACGCACCGGUUAAGUUACCUAGUUCAUACAAAAUGGUAAAAUAAUUCCCAAUGCGUCAGCCAAUCGUGAUAUUAUUAUCAUUCUCAAAUCAUUAAAUGUUUAAUUUAGUAUUAUAAAAAUAUUCGUUUUUUUUUUGGGUAUGGGACUAACCCCAGUUUGCUCACAUACUGGUUCUAAUGUAACUUGAAUUCAUAUGAAGAGCACCCCACAUGACCUGAAAUCAUCAGAAAUACGGAAUCUCUCUGGUCAUAUUGACACCAUACAAAAACUACUAUAGAUUAAUUUCUGAUAAUUUCAGCCCGUGGUGGGGUGCACCUUAGCAGAGUUUUUCCAGAAAAAAAUAUGUUUUACUAGUUAUUACUAAGUAUUAUGUGUGUGUGGGGUGGGCAAGUAAAAACGUUGAGUGUUAUUUAUAUGUAUUAAACGUAUAUUACGUUUCCA